AUGGGCGGGCCUGGCGGGCCAUCUGUGAGCCACCUAAAGCUUUGGGCGCUGGAGAAGGCUGCCUUCGAGACUCUCGACUCCCAGCCGGACCGGGCGCCGCAGCGUCGGCCGGCCGACCCAUCUCCCAGGGCAUCCCCGAAGUCAGAACGGAAGGACUCCAUGGAGCAACAGCAGCUGCUGCAGCAGCUGCUGCAGCUGAAGCAGAAGCGGGAAGAAGAGGAGAAAGUGGAGGAGCCUGCUCAAGAGCGAGUGCUGCUCUCACCGCCCCACGCCACUCCCAAGAGCUCGCCCCUGUCGCCGCGGCGGCUCUCGCGGGACAGCAGCACCAGCCGCAGCCCUGCCUUCGCCGCUGGGACGAGGCCCAGCGCCAAGCCAGGCAAGAACCGGCCUGUGACGCCCAUGAACUCACCGGCGGCUUUUUCGGGGGCCGGCGAUGAGGGAGUGCCCCACGUCUUCGUCUCCAUGCCCCGGGGCGCCACGCCUGCGGCGGGCACGCCCCCUCUGCAGGAGGAGCUGACGUCUCUGCUGCCCACGUUGACACUGGCAGGCGACCGGGGCUUGGCCUCCGCGCUGAACUCUGUCCCAAGCCGAGGGCGUCUGGGCAUCGCAGAGGCCGAGGAAAUCGACGAGCUGGUCCUGGAGCCGGCGCCACCUGCGCUGACGGAGUCUUCGCCACAGGCGCAGCAGGCUGAGGCCAUGGCGGAUGAAGGCACUCCGAUGUCCGACAUCUUGGGCAGCCUUUCCAGCGCCGCCGACCAAGAGUGUUGGAAGCUUCUGCAAGACCAGCUGGCGGUGAUGCACCGCGAUGUGCAGGACUAUGCCCACCGCACCUUCCCCGCGAAGCGCUUCCAGCGGGUGAACGGCGCUGGGCCCCCGCGCCGCCUCGACGCCGCUCUGCCCGAGGCACCGGCGCCUGCGGUGCGGCCGCAGGCGCCCUACGGCUCAGGGCACAGUGGCAGCGCGUCCUUCGAGCCGCCCCGUGCUCGGCCAAUUUCAAGGUGCCAAUCGCAGCCGGAGUCCUGGGCACCGCCCGCGCCCCCCACGCCCCAGACGCCGCAGUUCGAUCCUCGGUCCCCACUGCGGCGCAUGUCGCCGCAGCAGGAGCUGCAGCGGCAGGAUGGGUCAACAGGAUCCAACGAGGCAACGCAGGAGCAGCCAGCGCCGCCCUGGGUGCCUGGGUUAAGGCCACAGAUGCAGCUGCAGCCGCCGCAGCUGCAGCCGCCGCAGCUGCAGCCGCCGCAGCUGCAGUGGCAUUCUCAGGACCGCUUCAUCCCGGUGGGGCCCCCGGCCCCGGCGGGUUUGCGGGGCCGGCCGCCCGGAGUGGUGGGCCCGGGGGCCUCAAAAGCGGGGAUGGGAGGGUGA